AUGCUGGAUAAACUGGAAGACGAUCAAUAUGCGCAUCGACGGAAGAUAAAUCAUUAUUACCCUUUCCAUGAUGAAGGCGAAUGGGAAUUAGGGAAGUUUUUGGUGGAAAACCUCACUCAAACUCAAAUAACCAAGUUCUUAAAGUUGAAAUGGUUUGACGCUCCGAAUUGCGCAAGACCCUCUUUCACCACGAAAGACCACCUCCUGGAUUGGAUGGAUUCACUACCUUCUUUUGCCCUGUGGAAAGUCUCCAAACUAGCAUUUAAGGGCUAUAAGACUGUCCGUCCUGUGGAGCUCGUUUGGCGUGAUGCGCUAGAGGUCGUGAAGCAACUAUUCAGUGACCCAACGUUUGCGAACCACAUGACCUUCAACCCCUACGUCGCUAAUGUCAAAAAUCAACGUGAAUACGGAGACUAUAUGAGUGCUGACAUGGCAUGGAAAAUUCAGGACCAUCUCCCGUUGGGUGUGACUCAAGUCCCAAUAAUCUUGGGAUCUGAUAAAACACCCGUGACGCGACUUGCUGGAGGAAUUGAGAUGCAUCCGGUCUUCGUCACAAUCGGUAACAUUGAUUCUGAGGUUCGCUCCAAGGCAACAUUGCAAGCUUGGCGCUGCGUAGCCUACAUUCCCGUAAUCAAGUUCCACGUUCACACAGAUUACCAGUCUAUUCUCCAGGCCAGACUGUGGCACAAAUGUUUGGACCUUGUUUUCGCCAACCUCAAGGUCGCAGCAAAGGAUGGCUGCUUCAUGCCCGAUCCUUCCCGCUAUAUUCGCCAUGUGUUUACGCCACUCGUCGCUCAUGUUGAUCCCUGGGACCUCGACAAAUUCCAGAAAGCGGCCAAAGCCGUUAAUCUAUCUGGAGUUCACAUGCCAUACUGGCGUGAUUGGAUGUUUGCGUGUCCAUCCGUUUUCCUCGCUGGUGAGGUGCUGCACACCUGCCAUAAGUUUUUCGCGGACCAUCCGCUGAAAUGGAUCAAAGAAGCUCUAGGAGAUUAUGAGCUCGAUACCCGCUUCAUGGUCCAGCACAAGCGAGUUGGAACGCGCCACUUCGCAAAAGGCAUCACACACAUUAAUCAAAUGACAGGUCGCGAGCAUAGAGACAUUCAACGCACUAUCGUUGCAUCGAUCGCAGGGGCCGUUCCACCCAGAUUCGUUCGUACAAUCUGUGCCCUUGUAGACUUCUUUUACCUCGCACAAAAUCCGGUUCACUCCCCUGAAUCACUUCAGUUGAUGGUUCAAGCACUUUCGGAUUUCCACGCUUGCAAGGACGCUAUCAUCCAGGCCGAGGCAAGGAAGGGGAAGAAGGGCGUCAAAGAAGAUUUUUUCAUUCCAAAACUCAAGCUUCUGCAGAGCUUCAAUGGUACGAUUCAGAAAUUAGGCACUUUGAUGCAGUUCUCCGCUGAUGUGACGGAGCGGUUACUCAUCACACACUGUAAGGACCUUUUCCCGCGGACGUCCCGGCAAAUCAAAGACUUCACGGAGCAGUGCGUACAGAUUCUUAACCGCCAAGAGUCUAUGGAAAUGUUUGGCCUGUACACGCUGUUAACUUCUCGCGGGGCAUCACUAGUUAAUGCAAUAUACGCCGAAGAUGAAGAUGUCACAAUUGCCAAUCCCGCACUCUCCUGGGUCUCCCGAGUUCUCCCUGACGAAGUUAAGUCAAUACAUGGUCCCCGACCAGUCCGCAAUCACUUUCUCAAGGGUAUUCUCUCUGGAGAUGCCCUCACUGCUUUUCAACUCAAUAUCACGCCUGAUUACAAAUCGCUAUCACCGUCUGACAUACGCACGAAAUAUGCACUCUUGGGCUUUGAGCGUGCGCUCGCCGAAUUCAUAUGUUGUUCCCCCCUUUCUAGUGGUGAAAAUUCUUGCUGGGACCCCAAGUAUGGGCGCUUCCAGGUAUGGCACAAAUUCCGAUUGCAACUUCACUCGGCCUUCCAGCCGCGAGUCAUCAUGCCGAGUCGCGUGGUACAAGCGUACCCACCAAGCGAUGAUUUUCCCUUUGGAAAUUGUGAUACUGUUCUCGUGGAGACCACAGGCAUUGAUGGCAAAACCAUGAGUUGCAUCGCGCAGGUUCAACUCAUCUUUCAACCGACAGUUCAACGAGGUUCCAACCUGGAACUACCAUCGUGUCUCUCAGACCCACUUCUCUACGUCCAAUUUUUCCACUUCAUUUCCAGCCCUGAUGAUCGUCCUGAACUCGCGAUGUGGACCGUGGAGCGCACAUACACGCAGGAGGAAAACGGUAAUCGCUGUAGGAAGGGGGCUGUCAUACGAGUGACAGACGUGACACAUGCGGUUGAGUUGAUACCAGUUUAUGGUGAGGCAGUGGCCAACAGUGUGUCCUCUGCGACUUCUUUGGAACGCUAUGAGCGUUUUUUCCUGAAUAAUUUCGCAGACAAGGAAAGUUAUCACACAUUCAGUACCGAGUUUGUGUAG